GAUCUCGACGAGUGAGCACGGCGACGCAGCUCCAAACGAAACUCACGAUCAUGGAUUCUGUCGAAGCCAUCGCAGCCCCUUUGAUUCUCGACGUGUUGUCGCUCACCAAUGAGGCCCGAAGCGCCCAUGGUCUCCGCCAUCAAGACUAUCAGCGAUAUCGACAGUAUUGCACCCGCAAGAUCGAGCGGGUGCGCAAGGCCCUUUCUCUGACCCAGGGCAAGAAGCGGUUUGAGAAGAAGGAGAUCACCGCCGAUGUGGUGUCGGAGAGUCGCCAUCUUGAGAUUCUGCUGUUCGACACCGAGCGGAACUGGAGCUAUGCUAUGCAGCUGAAGCGCGAAUCGAACGACGAGCCGAGAAAGCACCACCACUUGAUCCGCAAGCUCAAGAAAGCCGCCGAUGUGUCAGCGGCGCUCGAACAAGUGUGCCAGGACAAAGACGUCGAGCCUCGAACCCUUCUGGAGGUCCAGGCCUAUGCCCUCGUCAUGGGCGGCUAUCUUUUAUUCGAGAGACAGGAGUGGGAGCAAUGUCUUGAAAAGUUUGGAGCAGCCCGCACCAUUUACGAAAAGCUGGCUAGCGUUGGAACUGCCGAGCAAGAGGCCCUGUGCCACGUCGCCAUCGAUGCCAUCGAUCCCAGCAUCCGAUACUGCGCAUACAAUCUCAAACUCAAGGGCGGCCAGACGCUUGACAUCUCGGCCUUGCUGGAGAUGAGAAACAACAGCGAGGGAGCCGGUCUGGAUCUGGUGGCCGCCAAGGUCGAGUCGCUGCUGUCUCAAAGUCGCCAGGAGCGUGCCGGCCAGGUUCACGACAUCGGCUUCCGAAGCCAGACCGUGCCCUGCAAAAACGACAAGCUCGCGGAAGCAAUUAUUUCCGCGCAAGAGAUGGUCCAGCGCCUCAAUGCGACGGCGCAGCCGGAUCUGUCCAACCAGAACGCAUGCGAUAGUCAUCUGGAGCUCUUCGACAAGGUCCUGGGCCAUUUCUGGGCGGCCAACUCGAUUGCCGAGAACGACAUCAAGCAGGACUCGAUUGCGACCACAAAGAUCAAGUCAUCCAAGAGCGAUGAAAACUCCCGAAACCUGCAGCUCCUGUUUAGCUACGUUGCCUUUAAUCGACUGAGAAUCACAAUCGAUCGCAACUUGCUCCUGAUUGAGAUUCUGAAGCAGAAGCUGAGGGACCAGGAGCGGCGCGGCGGCAAGCCCGACAAGAAGUCGGUCAAGCCCGAGGAGAUUGUCAAGCUGUACGAGAUCAUCACCCGGGCCCUCGUCGAGAUGAAGGACCUGCCUGCUCUCGAGAGCGACAACAACUACCAAAACCUGUGCAAUGCUCGACUUCUCUACUACAAGGCGAUCCGCGCUGCCCGGAUUGCCGACCACUACAGCCAGGCCGGAAAGCACCCCGAAGCCAAUGCGCUCUACAGCCGUGCAGAGGAGCACCUGUCGCUGGCUCGCUCGGAUGCCGAGAGUGUUCUGCGAAAGGCCUCCAAGCCCGGCAAGAAGGCCGCUGCCGGAACCGAAGCCGUGUCGUCCGAUGACGUCGACGAGCUCAAGAAGAUCCUGGCUCUGGUUGAGGAGCUGACCGACUCUAUCGCCGGCCAGAGGAUCCGUGCGCGUGCCGAGACAUGCCUGCAAAUCCAGACUGCCGAGAUCUCAGAGGCUGCCCACGAGAAGACCGAGACUCCUCUCGUCGACCGUCUGCAGUCGUUUGCACCCCAUUUCGACUCCAAGAACCCCAACCUCGUGUCAUUCCCGCCCAACUUCAAGGUCCUGUCAGCCAAGCCCAUGUUCUUUGACAUUGCCUACAAUGGCGUUGGCGACUACCCGACAGCAAGCGUGAGGAGUCGGGCCUCGGGCAGAGCAGCCGGUGCGGCGCCUGAGGAGAGCCAGAGGGGGUGGUUUGGCGGCCUCUUUGGUGCGCGAAAGUAGCAGCCCUCUCUAUGCGGUUGCAUCCUCCACUCCAUGCUUCAUGGGACUGGGCUCAUGGGGUGGCUUUCGCGGCUCUGGAUUCUGAAUAAACACAUGUUCAUCCACUCCUCCUCCUCCUCCCUGA